UGCUUAAAAGAGAAAAAAAUCAUAACCCCAGGCCAGAGUAUUGCACACAGCAGAAAAUGGAAGUGGAAUUAUUUUUCGUUUAAACUAUCUUAACUCCGUCCUUCGCUUUCACUUCCGCCUGAACCGGGAAGCGGGUGAGCCUCACAUCAAAUUUCACGCGAGAGUGUGUGUAAGGCAGAAGAGAGUGGAAUCAGUCCAGCGGCGACACGGAGCCAUCGUGAGAGCGACACAGGAGAACCAGGAGUCACUUUUUAAAAUUUAAACACGUCUAAAAGGCGGAGAGUUGCAGUUUUUGCUUUAUUGUCAGAGCUGAGUUGCACCAUCGCCACGGAGAGCAUAUUUUAAAGGCAUCCACUAAUGGCUACCUGUGAAGACUCCCAUCUGAAGUUCAUCCAAACAAUUAACAAUUCUUUUUACUUUGAAGAGACCAGUUCUGCUCCAUGUGAAACAGAGCUUUGUUCAGAUGCUUUCAGGAGACAUGAACCUCCAAUAUCGACGUGGAUCCAAAGCAAGGACCAAAAGUUUCUUGUUUUGAAAACUUCGGGAAAAUUUGAAUUUGAGGACAGGACAGACCAUGAUCGAGGACAGCCUGAUUGCAAAUUUGAAAUCCAGAUUUAUCAGGACUCAUUAUGUAACAAGUAUCAGUCAGUCAUGCUCUACGUCUGUGCUGAUGGUGAGAAAAUGAUGAUAUCCUGCAAAGAUGAGAAGGAAGUGUGCCCAGAGCCCAUGGAUCCCAAAGUCCUGAAGAUGAUUAAAGCAGCGGAACACAAGGCUCUGUUCCGGUGGAAAUUGAUCUCCACUGGCAAAUACAAGUUUGAAUCCACCAUGUACCCAGGUUACUUCCUGGCAUUCGAGCAUGUGGAGGAUAUGCCUUGCCUGCAUAAACUAAUUCUGCGUCAUGGAUCCAUGGAUGAAGUGGAUGAGAGUGGGAUUUUUUAUGUAAAUAAAUGCAGUCCAUAAUAAUUUCUCUUGGGAAAAUAUAACAUUCACUAGCCACUUUAUUAAAGGGAUAGUGAGUUUCUUUCUUUCUUCUGCUACUAUUAACAUUAUAUGAAGAUUAUUAUUUUUCUGUCAUUAUGAUCAUUUGUUUAUUUGAUUUGGUCGGGUUGUUAUUUAUAACUGUCAUUAUUAUUAUGGGUUAGUAAAUAUGGUUGUUCACAACAUGAGUCAUUUUGUAAGAAUUUUGUUUUUAUACACUAUAGUCCAUUUGUUGGUUCUUUAACAGUAAAUUGAAUAUGAAUACCAUGUUUUAAAAUACUCAUUUCCAAUAAUUACUGAGUCAAUGAGUGAUAUAUUAAGAUUGAGAUGAAGAGAAGGACUAAAUAAAUGUUCGCUAUUUUGUUCUUGGUUUUGUUUGCUUAUGUUUUCUCUUGUCCUACUGAUGACUUGUUUCCUAAAACCAUUUUGAAAUGAACACAUGAGUACAAAUAGGUUAGCCUUAUCAGCUUACCUAGGUUAGAGCCCUGUUCUUUCAGAACUGUCUUAUUUCUUUGUAGCGUAGAUUCAACAGGCUGUGAGAACCCUUUGUCAGAAUUUGGUCCACAUUAACGUGACGGCAUAAGUCACUUUGGCAGGAGAGCAUCCAUGAUGUGAAUCUCCUGUUGCUCCAAAGACACUGGAGGCUGCUGAACAACUAUCAUUAUUACUGAACAAAAUUAAACACCACAUGCAAAUAUUGUUGCCAUGUGGAGUUAACUGUAAAUAAGCAUUUGCUGACAUUUUAUUGUACAAAAGUAAAAUUUUUCUUGAUUUGUGAACAAUUUUUAAUCCAGUUUGCUUCUCAGUGAGCAUUACUCAGUGCAUGGGUAGGGCAUGUCCAGUGGGUAAUCAGACAAAAUGAGUAAAAACUGGACAAUCCUUGAACUGGACAAUAAAAGGCCACCCCAAAACAUCACAUUUUGUCACAAGUCAUAAAGCCAGAGAUGUCACAAAUUAUGCAGGAGCGUGCCAUUGGCAUGUUGUAUGCAGGGAUGUCCACCAGAGCAGUAGCUGCAAGGCUCAAUGUCCACAAUCGGACCAUUGGCCGUCUAAGAGUUGGUUUCCAACAGACUGUCAAAAAUAGUCUGCAAAUCGACCUCAUCCUUGUCAGCCACAUCUGACCACUCCAGCACAAAAUCGCCACAUCUGGCUCGUCUAUCUGAGAAUCGGUUAAGACCAGCGACACAACCAUUGAUGAGACUAGUGGUCAGACUGUCCAUAACCGCCUACGAGAAGCCAACUUGGUCAAAAUCAAAUUCCUGAACCUGACCCCAUCAUAGGACUGUCAAUCUGCUACAAAUGGCCAAACCACGAUGACAUCAGUGCUGAUAUGAAGAUCAGUAAUUACUGAAAAUAUAUUUUGAGUUUCUCUAUAUAUUGCGUAACCCAAAUGAUCAGAAAAGUCAUGUAUGACAUGGGCUGUUUAUAUUUAUACUUUCUCUGAUUGUUGUGAAGAUUGAGACAAUGUUGUCAAACUGUUGGGUGGGUAACAAACACCGACAAUAAAAAAAUGCUCACCCCCUUGGAUGUGUUAGCCUUGUUUGUUGUUUUUACAAAUCAACUGUGCUCAACAUUUUCAGGUAAUGGAGUAAAAAAAAUCUCUAAAACACUGAACAUCUCCUGGAAAUCUAUUCUCAGGAAAGGGAAGGAAUAUGGUUCAUGUGUCAAUUUGUCUAGGUCAGAUGGUCCUCACAGCCUGAGAGAAAAUGAGAGAGCACCAGGUUAUGACAACACUGAAGGAGUUCCAAGCUUUAGGAGAGACUCUGCAGAUAACUGUUGGUUUUUGACCAGUCAGAGCUUUAUGGAAGAGAGGCAUUGAGAAACUGCUGACAGAAACUCACAUCAAGGCUGGACUAGUCUAGCAAAAAGCCUGAUGGAGACUCAGUGGUGAGGAAGAAGAAGAAAGGUCUUUGUGGUGAUGUGCAGUGUUCUCCUGACCAGACCAAACACACCACCCGCAUGAAGCAUAGUGAUGGCAGCAUCAUGCUGUUGGGAUGUUUCUCAGCUGUAGUAACUGGAAGGAUUGUAAAGGUAAAAGGUCAAAUGAAUGAAACAAAGUGUCCAGCUCAGGGAAACUCCUGAGUCACAUGUGGCUCACCAGGCUUUAUUGGUGGCUCUGUGGCAGGUUACAAUAGGAUAGCACAUUUUUAAAACAUGUCACAGAAUCCGUCCGUCCAAACAGAGACUCUUUAGGUGUGUGUAUGUGUGCACACACACCUGAGGAGAAUUUAAAGUGAUCAAUUAACCUGACAGUCAUGUUUUUGGACUGUGAGAGUACCCAUAGUCCAAACGAGAAAUUCAAACUAUUUCUCAUUUUGGCUCAAUUAAAGUCUGUAUGACUGGGAUGAGGAGUUAUUUGAGCUCCUUCUCAUCAACAAGCCUUCUGCUCUUCUCUGAAAUCAGCUUUUCUUUUUCGUGUCCUUCAUAUCCAGCUACGCAUUGCUUUGUAAACCUGAGAGGUGCUUGUGUGUGUGAUAAUGUCAGCAGGUUCUGAAAUACUCUUUCCAGUCCAUCAGCUAUGACUAGAACCAUCCACACUUAGUUACUUACACAUCUUGUAUUGCUGUUGAAGCUCAGUCCAUCACAAACAGCAAAUCAGCUAAACAGUAUGCCUAAUAAAGUGGCCCACAGGUAGAUUUGUUUGACGGUUCCUCCCUCCACUUUUUCUUUUCUUUGGUAAUUAUGGAAAAGUCAGAAGUCAUAAAUUGGAGUCUGACUCACACAGAGAGAGUAGGAUCUUGGAGAGUACUUUUUGUUUCCAUGACAGCAACAUCCAGAUUCUGACUCACUCCACUAAACCUUAUUUAUGGCAGCUGUUUAUUCAAGUAGACAUUUUGCUUUGUUGAUCAUUUCUGUCAUCAGUAAUGUCCAUUGAAAUUAUUGCACAAUUUUGAUUCCUCAGAUUAAUCCUGACUUCUUGUCUUUUAACCACUUAAUGUAAAUGCAUUUUACUAUUAAUUGUAUAGUUUUUUACAAUUUUUCUCAAUAAAAAACCCAGCCCCAAACCAGAUGUGUAUCAGCUGUUUUAUUGCAUAAGUAUUGUGUAGACAGAGAAGGCAGAGCACCGUUUUCUUGACUCUUCCCUGAAACCGUAGAAUCAAAGCUGCAUGCAGGAAGUGAACACACCAACAGAAACAAAAACAUUAUCCAAUUAUCCAAGCUUUCUGAUUGUUUUAUGUAUUGUACAGAACUACAGUAUAAUCAGCAGAAGUUAAUUUUGCAACUUCAUAUCCAGCUACGCAUUGCUGCAUAGCUUCA